CUGGGGCCGCCCCUUCUCUCGGGGCUGGCUCGGGAGCUGCGCCGCGCCAGGAGACAACCGCCGCCACUAGCCGGGCAUGACCAUGGCGUCCCCGGCCAUCGGGCAGCGCCCGUACCCGCUUCUCCUGGACCCCGAACCGCCGCGCUAUCUGCAGAGCCUGAGCGGCCCCGAGCCGCAGCCACAGCCCCCCGGCCGGUCGUCGCGCCGCUGCGCCCGCGCGCCCCUCUCCACUGCGCCCGGGGUGCAUGAGGGGCGCAGCGCUCGGAGGACUGCCCGGGGGGACCUGGAGCCCCAACCCAGGGCUUCCCGACCCCCUCGCCCUCUCCGGCCGGGUCUACAACAGAGACUGCGGCGGCGGCCUGGAGCGCCCCGGCCCCGCGAUGUGCGGAGCAUCUUCGAGCAGCCUCAGGAUCCCCGCGUCCCGGCGGAGCGAGGCGAGGGGCAUUGCUUCGCGGAACUGGCGCUGCGGGGCGGCCCCGGCUGGUGUGACUUGUGCGGACAAGAGGUGCUGCGACAGGCGCUGCGCUGCGCUAACUGUAAAUUCACCUGCCACCCGGAGUGCCGCAGCCUGAUCCAGCUGGACUGCAGUCAGCAGGAAGGCCCAUCCCAAGACAGACCCUCUCCAGAGAGCACCCUCACCCCUGCCUUCGGCCAGAAUGUCUGUAAACUGGCCGAGGAGACACGGCGCCCGCCCACGCUGCAGGAGAUCAAGCAGAAGAUUGACAGCUACAAUUCCCGGGAGAAGAACUGCCUGGGCAUGAAGCUGAGCGAAGACGGCACCUACACGGGUUUCAUCAAAGUGCAUUUGAAACUUCGGCGGCCGGUGACAGUGCCUGCCGGGAUCCGGCCCCAGUCCAUCUACGAUGCCAUCAAGGAAGUGAACCUGGCAGCCACCACGGACAAGCGGACGUCCUUCUACCUGCCACUCGAUGCCAUCAAGCAGCUGCACAUCAGCAGCACCACCACGGUCAGUGAGGUCAUCCAGGGGCUGCUCAAGAAGUUCAUGGUCGUGGACAAUCCCCAGAAGUUUGCACUUUUUAAGCGGAUACACAAGGAUGGGCAAGUGCUCUUCCAGAAACUCUCCAUUGCCGACUGCCCUCUCUACCUACGCUUACUUGCUGGCCCUGACACUGAUGUCCUCAGCUUUGUGCUAAAGGAGAAUGAAACUGGAGAGGUGGAGUGGGAUGCUUUCUCCAUCCCCGAGCUCCAGAACUUCCUAACAAUCCUUGAAAAAGAGGAGCAGGACAAAAUUCAACAAGUGCAGAAGAAGUACGACAAGUUUAGGCAGAAACUGGAGGAGGCCUUAAGAGAAACCCAGGGCAAACCUGGGUAACCAGUCCUGCCUCUUCACCGCUUGGUGCCCUCGGAUUUAUUUUUAUUAUUAAUUAUUAUUUUGCAACAGACACUUUCUCAGGACACCUCUGGCGGGUGCAUUUGUGCUCGCCCAGCAGUUCUAGAUGUGGCACAAAACGUCUCUGAUGGAACAACUGCUUGUGCAGGGGGCUCUUCCCCCGCCCCUCCACAUCGUGCCCUCUGCAGACUCUACCAAGGAAUUGGUACUCUUGUAGAAAGAACCACCGUCGUCUUCUCUCCAUCUGCAAGCCUUUCGCAAACCAAAUAGUUGCCUCUCUCGUCACCAAACUGGACUGAUCACACCAGUCAGCAAAGGAGAGACAGAUUUUAAAAGCUUUCCCUGGCUUUUAUUCUUCUUCAGUUUCUCUCUUAUUUGCCACCACAAAACCUUUGAGUCAAAAGGUGUAGCGUAUUCCUUUAGCAGGUCUGGUCUAAGCCCCUGAAAGCAGAAUAAUGCUCAAGGGUCAAUCCCACUGCCCACAAGGUGUCUGUUGUUCAUGCUUAAUGGACACUCUUAAAGCCACUGGCCCCAGUGCUCAGGGUAAGGAGCCCUGAAACCAAGGAUGGCUCAGAGAUUUUCAGACAAGCUGCAGCCUGCCCUGACCUGGGCCUUCAUCUCCCAAAGGACUCUGCAUGUAAAUCCAAAGACAUACAGCUGUGUGUAUUUGGAACCCAGUCGUAUUUUUGUCAAUUGUUUGUUUCUAAGUUACAAAUUUGAAUUCAGUAUUGCCAUUGUCCUGUUUUUUCACCCAAGGGAAACCAGCCAUUUGCCAUUUUAAAAGUCUCCUACUGAGUAAUAAAACCAGGCAGUAAGAGAAAGCCAAAAAGUAUUGCAGAGAAAUACGUCAAAAGCUGUAUCCAGCCUUCCCUGCCUCCAGUUAGAGAGCAGAGGAGGGCCUGGGCUGCCUUGGUUUCCCCUUGGCCUCCAGCACUGCCUCCCUCCUCCCUCUGGGACUCCGGAAUCCCAGGUGCUGCCAGAGGCACUGCCUUGAUUACACGGAGGGGAACCUCCCCUUGCCCAACUUGGAUUCCUUCCUGUCUGGUCUGCCCUGAGAAAGGAAGGUGAGUCGGUGGGCCCAGUCUCCCCUUUGACCUCAGUGCCUUUUUGUUUUCAGAGAGACUGCAGCAGGACGCGUUUGCUUAAAGUUCUGCUGCUAGCUUGCUCCAGCCAGGAAGUGGACAUCUGGCACUGUGGGAGACAAGGCCAGGAGAGCCCUCACUCCCGGUAUGGGGCGAGGGUCAGAGACCUCCUUCCCAUCUGAACUCCUGCUUUGACCUCCAAGAAGGGAGGUCACACCACACUGGCAGGGCCGAUCAGAUUCCUGAGUCUGUACCAAUUUGUACUGGCUCCUCAUUUAGGUUUAAACUUAAAAAUAAAUUAGUCAAACAAGUCAAGCAAGUAGUCUGGACUGCAAAAACACUCCAAGGCAGAGAGAAAAGGAGUUUUAAUUUUCAAAUCAGGUAGGUUUCCAAUCCAGCCUCCGAGAGACCAUUUCUUUCCUGUCCUUGCCUUCCCAAGUCCUUCUCGGAUUGGUUCAAGCCCAAGCUUCUUUGUGUAGCCUCAGAAGUUCCUUCCCUGACCCUUGCUGAGUCCAAACUGCCCCGAUCCCAGAAGGAAUGCUGACCCUUGUCAUAUGAACUAUGUGUAGUCUUCAGAGCUGCAAAAGCAAGAUUUUUUAAACCACAUAACCCUGGUUAUCUGCCAUCUCAUGUUCAGCCUUAUCACUUCCCUUCCUUAAAAAAAAACCUCUCUCCCUGCUGUAUAUGAAGGGAGUGGGUAGAAAGUCAUUUUUCCCUCAUCUUGCAUGUCUCUAAAAUGACUAGAAGGCAUGGCUCCUGCUGCAACUGCUGUUCAAUGCUGCUGAGAACCUCCCUCUGAUGGGGAUGGCUAUUUUAUUUUCAAGAAGGAAAAAGAGUUGUGUGUGUAUGUGUGUGUGUGUUUCUGUGUAUAUAUAUAUACACAAACUCACACGUAUACACACACGUAUGCAUACACAUAUACAUAAAGGCAUAUAGCUAUGUAUAAAGAGACAAGGGUGUUUAUGAAAUAAGAAAGUUAUGGGAAAAUUCAGAUUUUAUCUAAAGCAUAGUUAGACUCAGGACCUGUGCUGAAGUCUAAGCCUCUGUAAAAAAUAUGUAUCAAGAAUUUCUUCCCUCCCAGAGGUGGGCAUAACUGCUGGUAGUGCCUUCUACAGUUGUGUUACUCCGUGUGUGUUUGUUUUAAGGAAAUUUUCUUUUUAAAUGUCUUUCCUAUAUGGGUUUUAAAAAAAAAUAAAAGCUUGUUGCAAAAGUGA